CGGAAGUUCUCAUUGACAGGUGGGAUGGAUGUUGCCACGCGGGUGGGGACAUAGUCUAGCGGGCGUCUCUUCACAAUCAACAUCUCAUGAUAUUAAGGGGCUGUUUCUGCAUCAUUCACCGGAUUUGAUCAUCAUGGAGCUGAAGGUCCGCAUGUUUCAUCUUCGCAUUGAUGGCCGCCUUGUUGACCAUUCAUUAUAGUCCUCUCGGUUGUCUGAUAUUUCACUCCGCGGGCGCAUCUGUACAAGAACCCCUUCCCCCUGUUUCACAUGCCCACUUUCCGCGCCUACCAUGCCAGACAUCCACGUCUUCCUCCAAGUCCCAGAGGCAGAUUUUUCUUGCGCUUCAUGGGCCACGGCAAGAUAACCCAAAGUCAGCCCAUGGGAGUUUUUUAAGCAAAUUUUCAAAGACGUACGUGAAUUCUUUCGAGACCGCUUACGCUCUGCUCAAGACGCGGUCCAACAAGUAUGCAUACAAACCUCGGCGUAGGAUGGCCGAACUAUUUGACUGCCUUUCUUCCAUUCAUGGACCGAGGGCCUCGCUUUGCGAAUAUUCAGAAGCUGUUCAGACAAGGCCUUUUGGCCACAUCGUCAAGCGUGAUGAUGACGAUGAACUAAGCCCGGCGAAGCAACUGUGCAGUUUGCUUCAGACGUCAUUGGUGAAUGUUACAGCAUCCAGGAUCGCCUGCCUCUUCUGGAUGCCAGGCAUUAAAAUGCUCCGUCUCGCAGAACAAUGGCAUGAGCGCUUCUAUACGAUCGCGGAUAUGACUGCGGACUCCGCCCGCGCAGAAACCUUCGCUAGGGUUCAUGCAACUGUAAUUGGCGUGUUUCCUGGGUCAGAGCAACGUGUCGACAUGUCCACAAUUCUGCAGGUGAAGAAUGCUACCGUUUUGCUCAUCUUACAUGCACCCAUGAAAUAUAAACUAUAG